AUGAUCACCAAGCUGCUCGACCCGUCGACGACCUUUGCGAGCCUGGUCGCGACCGGGCGGCGUCGACCCAACGCCGUGGUCAUCGCCAGCAGUGUCCUCACGAUCUCUCUGCAGGAUGGCGCAUUAACAUCGGCGCUUCUCGAGCGCUGUCGCACCGUCUUUGGCUCGUGCACCGUCCCCGCCAUCCGCGGCGUCCUCGCGCAUGACAAAACUGUGGACGAUGUGACGCGCGCGCUUUUGUUUCAGAGUGUCUCCUUGCUCCCGAUCACCAACAAUGAUCACCUCAACGACUACUACCGCGACCAUCCGCAUCCUCACGUCGCAACAUCCCACGACCAUGCGCGAGAAGUGGACGCCGGCUGGCGACUGGCGGUCGACACACUCGAGCUCAUUGCCGAGAUGGACGCGAGCCAGAUGCUGCCGUACGUCCGAUUGUGGAACGAUCAAGUGCUCUCGCAAGAGCCGUGGAUGUAUGGUGGUUUUGUCGCCAACUGCCUUCUUCGCCACACCUUUUGGACGCACGAGGCAUGGCUCUUCCUCGCCAACCUCUGCAUCAAGAAGCUCACGCCAGACUUUGCCGGGCGUCGGCUCCGUGAUCUGCGUCCGAAGUUGAACACCUUCUUGAGCUCCAAACAUGCUUUGGUCGACGUCUUGCGCGCACCAGCACCCAUGUGCACCGCUGUUCAAGCCUUUUUGAAGCAGUCGGCCACGCUCAAGAGCUUGAUGCAUCGCGAUGCCAACUCGUUGCUCGUGACGAUCACCGUCAAGCGGCCGCACGUCGACUUCGCAACGGACGAGGUGCUGGCGUAUACGUCCGCGUCGCAGGUCGAGCGCCUCUAA